UUUACCUCGUAAACACACUCCCAAAAACAGAAAAAAAAAAAAAAAUAAAGCCCGCGCAAGGGGGAGUUGAGAGUUGGAAUAGAUGGGUCGGCCCCCUAGUAAUGGUGGCCCUGCCUUCCGUUUCACCCAAACUGAGGUUGCAGAUAUGGAGACUGUUCUCCAAGAGCACCAUAAUCAAAUGCCAGCUCGGGAAAUCCUUGAAAGUCUGGCAGAGAAGUUCAGUGAAUCAACAGAACGGAAAGGGAGGACUAUUGUGCAGUUUAAGCAAGUAUGGAAUUGGUUCCAAAAUAGGCGCUAUGCAAUUAGGGCAAAAUCAAGUAAGGUUCCUGGGAAGUUAAAUGUUACAUCUAUGCCUCGGGAUGAUUCAAAUCCUGUGAGAAAUGUACUUCAACCUGUUGCUGCUCCCAUGCCUCCCCCUAUGGCUGCUCCAAUGUCCACUGCUAUGCCAGCCACUACAGUUCCUGUUGCCACAAGGCAUAUGUCAGAAUCUUUCAUGGAGUUUGAAGCUAAAUCUUCAAGGGAUGGUGCAUGGUAUGAUGUUGCAACCUUUUUGGCCCAUAGAUAUAUGGAAACAGGUGAUCCGGAAGUACAGGUUCGUUUUGCUGGCUUUGGACCUGAGGAGGAUGAGUGGGUUAAAGUUCGCAAGCAUCUCAGGCAACGGUCCCUCCCAUGUGAAGCAUCCGAGUGUGUUGCAGUUCUUCCAGGGGACCUUAUUCUUUGUUUUCAGGAAGGUAAAGAUCAGGCCCUUUACUUUGAUGCUCACGUCCUUGAUGCGCAAAGGCGGAGGCAUGAUGUAAGAGGUUGUCGUUGUAGAUUUUUGGUGCGAUAUGAUCAUGAUCAAUCUGAGGAAAUUGUACCUUUGAGGAAGGUUUGCCGUAGGCCUGAAACCGAUUAUAGGCUGCAGCAACUGCAUGCCUCAAGUAACACAGAGCAGAAACCCAGCACGAAUCCUCCAACAGCCACCACUCCUACCGAAACGAUGCAGAAGCAGCAGAAUCGAGAUGUAUCGAGGACACCAGCCCUAGUAGGAGUUUCCCAUGCUAAUGUUUCUUCCAUAGCUGCACAAACUGCUAAUCCUGAAUCUAAAAAUGCUGCAUUCACCACAACCAUUGCUACCAGUACCCCUGCUCAAAACAUGCAGGAAUGAAAGUAAUAGGUUGAUUCACAAUGGGGCUAAGCUCCCCACUGAAUAACAUUUUUUUUUUCUUGUGGAUAUUGUUCUGUAAUUAUUACAAGUUCAUGAAAGUUUUAAUUUUGUCUAUGAAAUUUGAGUUCGUUUUCUUAAA